CCCGAGGAGGCGAUCGGCGCGAACAACAAGAAGACUCCCGGAUUUUGGCACUUUUUCCUUCCCUUUUUCUUCUCUAAAUGAAGCAGGUUCUUGCUUCCGAAGACGCGUUAAGAACAGAGCUCUGUGCGCCAUUUGGUCGGGAAGAUUAAUAAUUCGGCUGGAGGUCUCAUGCCAUAGGGGUAAAAACUCAAGAGUGCCGCCAUGCCUGAGGUUGUGCUUGAAGGAGUACCUGUGCGGUUCCCCUUUGAGCCGUAUGAAGUCCAGAAGGCAUACAUGAGCAAGGUGAUCCAGUGCUUGCAACAGGGAGUGAAUGGCAUUCUGGAGUCUCCAACAGGCACAGGCAAGACUCUGUGCCUGCUCUGCUCAACCCUGGCCUGGCUGGAGGUCAAAAAAGCAGAACACAAAGCGCGUCUGCACAAUGUCGCCGGGGGAGAUGCUGAUUUUAUGUCCUCCCUGAGCUCGCAGUUGAAGGCAGGCUCCGGGGCAGCUUGGGGAGAAAAGAGUGCCCCACCAAAGAUCAUAUACUCUUCGAGGACUCACUCCCAGCUGAGCCAGGCAGUAAAUGAACUGAAGAGAACUACCUACAGCUAUCUCAAGGUGGCAGUACUAGGAUCGCGUGACCAAAUGUGCAUCCAUCCUGAGGUGUCAAAGGAGACCAACAAUAACAACAAGGUGCACAUGUGUCAGCUGAGGGUUAAGGCCAAGACAUGCUACUUCAACAACCAGGUCGAAGCCAAAAAAGACGACCCAGAAGUGCGUCAGAAGGCACUUGACAUUGAAGACCUUGUCAAAGUUGGCCGCAAGAAGACAUUCUGCCCAUAUUACAUGGCGAGGGAACUCAAACAAGAUGCUGACAUCAUUUUCCUGCCAUACAACUAUCUCCUGGACCCCAAAAGCCGGAAAGCGCACGGAGUGGAGCUACAGGGUAAUAUUGUGAUCUUUGAUGAAGCUCACAAUGUGGAGAAAAUGUGUGAGGAAGCUGCGUCUCUGCAGAUUCGCUCAACAGACAUAGCUCUGUGCAUUGAUGAAGUAACACAGGUCAUGAAAAAGAUGCAGGAGAUGAGCGAGGGCUCCAACAUCGCGGCCAACGAUGUCUCUGAGGUGAUGCCCGAAGACUUCAACCCUGACGAUCUUUACACCUUGAAGGCCCUCUUCUUGGAGCUGGAGAAGGUUCCGUUCCCGAUCCAGCUUGAGAACCCGCACAUCAUCCAGCGUCACCAGGUGUGGGUGGGCACGAUCUGCAACGGGCCUGAUGGCUUCAACCUCAAUUCAUCCUUUCAAAACAGGAGUGACCCGCGCUACAUCAGCUCUUUGGGGCAGACCAUCCUGAACUUCUCCCGCAUCGUGCCUGAUGGCCUGCUGAUCUUCUUCCCCUCCUACCCCAUCAUGCGAAACUGUCGGGAUGAGUGGCAGAAUUCGGGCAUCUGGAGCAGGAUUUCGGCCACGAAGCCGAUCUUUGUGGAGCCCCAGACAAAGGACGAGUUCCACAGUGCCAUGACAGAGUACUACCAGAAGAUCAACGACCCGGCGCUAAAGGGGGCCUGCUUCAUGGCGGUUUGCAGGGGCAAGGUCUCUGAGGGCUUGGACUUUGCCAACCGCAACGGCCGGGCAGUCAUCAUCACAGGCCUCCCUUACCCCCCAUUCAAGGACCCCCGAGUCGUGCUCAAGCAGAAAUACCUCGAAGAAACCAGGCUCAAGAAUAAGACAGGUUUGACGGGGCAGGAGUGGUACAAACUGGAGGCAUCUCGGGCCGUGAACCAGGCCAUUGGGCGUGUGAUCAGACACAAGGAUGACUACGGUGCCAUCAUCCUGUGUGACAACCGCUUUGCAGCCCCCAAUUUCCGCCCGCAGCUGUCGGCGUGGGUGCGCCCCUUCAUGAACUCCUACAGUACGUUUGGGCCUGCACUCCGGGACAUCAUACAGUUCUUCAAAAAUGCCCAAGUCUUGCUGCCCCAGCCUGAUGAGAAGAAUGGGAAGCCAUCCAUCAGUGCCAAGUAUGACGAGCCCCCAGCAGCAGUGAGUGCAGCGCCCCCGGUUCAUGCCCACGCACUGCAGACGGCCCCCGCACGUCUGGUUGUCUCGGAUGCGACCCGCCAGAAGAUGGGACAGGCUCUGGCAGUGAAGGAGGACUAUAACAACAUGUGGUCGAACAUGAAUUAUAAGAAGACUGACGGGGCGAAUGAGAAGAGGGAAGGGGAGGGGGGUGAUGGCUCGGUGUUCUCAGCCCUGGAGAAGAAGACGUCAGUGGUGGACUUCAACUCUCUGCAGAGCACAUCGCAAGUGAGCUGCAAGUAUAAUACCCUGCAGGUGGGCAACAAGAAGAGGAAGAUAAAGAUUGUGUCAAAGGGUGAGAAGGAGUUGGCAGACUUCCUGAAGGGCACGGGACCAAGCCAGGCAGCAAGCCAGGCAUCUCAAGGGGUGGCUGCAGAGGCUACGAGUUGCUCCCCUGAGAUGUUCUCCUCCCCAGGCAACUCGCAGGAGCUCAUCAGUGGUGCGCAGAAGAGCACCACGAAGGCAUCUUCAUCGGGUGCUUUGGGGUCCGGGAGGGUCUCCUCGUCGGCAGCAGUGGCAGCCCUUUCUUCAGGAAAGGAGAACGGGGAGACCAAGAAACUUGGGUCCAUUGCCGACUAUAUUAAAGAUGUGAAAUCCCAGCUGAACAAGGAGCAGUAUGGCCUCUUUUCAUCGGCCGUCAAGAGCUAUCAGAAGAGUAAGGACUAUGAUACCGUGGUGGGCACUCUCGCCUCGCUCUUUUCCCAGCAAGCCGAGCAUCACAGACUCUUCAUAAAAUUCGAGCAGUUCCUGAGCAAGGACCAUAGACUUGCAUUCAGAGAAUCAUGCGAGGAGAUGCUGAAAAGAUAGCCAUGCGACCCAUCUAGCCUUUUUUCCCCUCUUUUCUCCUUCACUUUACGUAUCUGUGAUGUUUGCGUUCGUCCUUGCAAGUGAAGCAUUUGUAGACACACGGGAAAGUAAAUCGAAAAAAAUGAAAACGGCACCAGUGAAUUUUGUUUGUCACAUGAAGAUGAAGCAUUUAUGUCUGUACUUGUGAUUGCAAGUGAAAAUAAACAUAAAAAUAUGAUAUAUAUAUGUAUUUACUGAAAGAAUAUAAGUGUAAUAUUAUUUUUACUUACAAGUUUCCUAUCUUAAUAUUUAUGGUCAUCUGUACAGUAUGUCUCUAUCUGUAUAGGAUCUCUCCGUAAAUACAAAGCAUGAAUGAAAAGCAGCAUAAGUAGGAAGAUAUUAUUCUCAAAUAUUAACUAUUGGAAAUAAUUCUCUUUGCUUAUAGUUUUUCAUCUUUUGCUUUAUUAUUUUUAGAUUUUUGUCUAUUUUUAUACUGCUGUGUGAUUUAUUUAGUGUUUGAACUGAUAAACAAAAAUAUUUAUUUUAUAUUUAAGAAUAAGUAAGAUGUAUUCAUAAAUGUGAUAAAAUGUGCAAAUAAUUUGCAUUACAAAAAUGUGUAAUCUUAGUUGCAUUGUAUUUUUGUGUAUAUUAAAUUUUUGACAGAAA